CAAUGGCCGAAGUGCAUUGCACACAUGAAAUGUCGAGGGAGUGAAAAUAUUCAGUGGACUGUUUUCUGAGGACAUAUUAACAAAAUCGGUUCACCAUGUGGGAGGACCCUGACGUAUCAGUGCAAGAACAACUAUUUCACGACUAUGUGCGCGAAAACAUUAUCUGGCUGCUGCUGUUCAUCCUCCUCUAUGUCAGCUCUUACGCCUCCAUCUGCCAGAUCCGCAAGCGAGCAGACUCUGAAGACAUGUAUGCAGGUGAUGAAGAUGCACUGGUGUACCGGAUAGCGUUGUGGUUGUGUACCUUUACACUUUCUGUGUCAGCCGGCGCUGUGCUUCUUCUACCAGUCUCUAUCAUCAGUAAUGAGGUGCUCCACCUCUACCCCAAGAGCUACUAUGUCAAAUGGCUAAAUGCAUCUCUGGUUCAAGGUCUAUGGAAUCAUGUGUUUGGAUUUUCCAACUUGGCGCUCUUCAUCCUCAUGCCCUUUGCAUACUUCUUCACUGAGGCCGAGGGGUUCUCAGGAUCCAAGAGGGGUAUAAUGGGCCGUGUGAAGGAGGCACUAGCUGUGCUGUGUCUGCUUGCCAUCAUGGUGUUAGGGCUUGCUUGGGUCGCCAAUGCUCUCAUCAAUGGUGAUGAACACAGCAAGCAAACAUUAUUUGAUGUGUGGCACAUCCACCUACCAUACCUCUACUCCUGCAUCUCUUUCAUCGGAGUUCUCAUCCUGCUUCUACUGUGUACUCCUGUGGGCAUAUCUCGGAUGUUUACAGUAAUGGGCCAGCUGAUUGUCAAACCUAAGUUUUUACGUAACAUUGAAGUCGAACUUCACACAGUUACUCUUGAAGAGGAAAAUCUUCUCCGGAAAAUCAAAUCUCAGAACAAUCACCACAGUAAGUAUUCAUAUACAGGUAUACAAAUGUGUAAUUUCAUGUCAAGUUUUAUUGUUUACCUUCGCCAGUCUUACACUUGUUUCCUUCUGUUUCAGGUAUUAAGUAUUUUAAUCGUUGCACACAACACAAUGUUAUUGUUAGUUGGGAUCAAAGCACUACCUAUUGGGGCCAAGGAUACCGUGCUUGGAUUGGCAUCUCUCUCAACAUUUGGAACGAUUGGAGCCUUUUUAGAAAUUGUUUUUAUUUUAUACUUAAUGUCUGCAUCAGUUGUUGGUUUUUACAGUUUGCCAUUUUUUUGUCGACUGCAACCUAAGGUGAAGGACACACCAAUGGUGAAGGUCAUUGCCAACUGUAUCGUCCUCCUUGUUCUCAGCUCAGCUCUUCCCAUUUUGUCAAAAACACUUGGUAUCACUAACUUUGACUUGAUUGGAAGCUUUGGCAGCAUGGACUGGCUGGGCAACUUCUACAUCAUCUUCCUGUACAACGUCAUCUUUGCUGUCACCACUGCACUCUGCUUGUUCACAAAGUUUACAGCCACACUUCGCAGGGAAAUAAUUGCCAGAUUGAUGGCAGCCUUCAAAGCGGGAGAAACGGACAAUUUCUGCGUCAUAUACCACUCAAUUCGCAAAUGGAAACUUGAAAGAGGAGUAAGGGAGAUAACUCUGUCGAAGAUCAUCAUAAGUGUUGUGUACAUUUUGUAAAUAUUGUUUUAAUUUAUUCAGCAUAUCAUUCAAGCUCAACAUUUGCUUCCGGCCAAAACGAUCAACUCUCAAAAAGUCAGAUGGACUCUGUAAUUUUUAUUGUUAUUUUGUAAUAUAUUUUUUUCAGAAUUGUUUGAUGAAUUUAGUUUCCAACAGGAAGUGUUGGCUAUGUUUUUGUGAUCAUCUCAUACACCGUUUCCCAGGCUAGUUACAUUGUUAGCUUAGUAGUUGUUUGCAAUGACAAUAGUAUCAUGUAUGUCAGCUUCCUGAACCUAGCAUGACAUUGUCAGUGGUUUUAUGAUAAAGUGGUACAGCCACAUCAUCGUCAGUAUGUCACAGGUGUCUACACACUAUGUUCCUUCCUAACCUGUGUAUACUUUUGUCUGUUUUGCAAUGGAGUUGUUAUUUUUAAUUCAUUAAUCAAGCAGUUGGUGUUUCUAACAGACAAAUCAAGCAAAUGUCUGCCACUAGUUAAUGAGAUUCAACGAUUGCUCCGACUGAUGAGCAAUCAGAUAACAUCUCAAAAAUGGCACUAUUUCUCAUGCAAAAUGUGCCACUUUGUGUCAUCAUGAGGCAGUAGGGUUCACACAAAGAUCAGGCACAGAGUAAUGC